AUGGGCUUCAAGAACAAAGUUGUUAUAAUAACCGGAGCAAGCUCCGGCAUCGGAGCCGUUGCGGCGAAGAUGUUCAGCGACGAGGGAGCUCGCGUCGUGAUGGUCGGACGCAACGAGAAGAAGCUGUCCUCCGUGGCCGCGCGCUGCGCCUCGCCGCUCGUGAUCCGCGCGGACGUCUCUAACGACGAUGAUGCGAGACGAAUCAUUAACGAAACCGUCAAGAAGUUUGGACAAAUCGACGUCUUGAUCAACAACGCAGCCAUGUUUAUGAAAAAUGAUGGUAUACUUGGCAAAAAUAUGAUGACUGCUUAUGAUACCAUGAUGAGCACUAACAUUCGUGCUGUAGUUCACUUAACACACUUAGCCGCCCCAUAUCUAGUUAAGAAUAAAGGAAAUAUUGUGAACAUAUCAAGUAUAGGUGCUACGAUGCCACCCAUUGGUUUAGGUCUGACAAGUUACUAUGUGUCAAAAGCAAGCUUGAAUCACUUUACUACUUGCGCUGCAACGGAGUUGGGUCAAUAUGGUGUAAGAGUGAACGCGAUAAGUCCUGGACCGGUUAAGACUGAUUUUAUUGAAAACUCCAAAAUGGAUUCCUCUUGGGACGAUUUUCGGCCAAAAACGCUCCUCAAUCGUGUGUCGGAACCGGAAGAAAUAGUUGACUUGAUAAUGUUCCUCACGAGUAGCAAGGCAAAGGGGGUCACAGGAGCUAAUUACGUGAUAGACAAUGGGAUGCUUAUUAAGCGGUUCUAA